AUCUUCAUGCCUCAUUCUGACGCUCUUUUCCCGUUUCUUUGACUAUAAAUAAAGCAGUGCACGAGGCAAAGAUAUUAUUUUGUUGUCAUCUUUUUACUCAACUCAUUCCUCUAUGUUUGUGUUUCUUUAUUGCUUGCUAUUAGCUGUGAUUUAAGCCAGCAUUCACAUUCUGACGCCACCAUUUCAUCAAAACCCAAGGGUCUAUAAUUUGUGCCCCUCAGGAUCUGGCCAUGGAUACUCCAGCACCAACACAGCGAGUGAAAACUUUAAUAUCUUCUCUCUGCAAAAUCCCGCUUCUCUGUCUGCUCCUAUACCUCUUUGUGUGCUCCCUUGACAUUUUAAGCUCUGCCUUCCAACUAGCAGGAGGCAGAGUAGCAGGAGAUAUCUUCCAGGAAAAUGCCAUCCUGUCAAACCCAGUGGCAGGACUGGUGGUGGGAAUACUGGUGACAGUGUUAGUCCAGAGCUCCUCCACCUCAACCUCCAUUAUAGUCAGCCUUGUCUCUUCUGGUUUGCUGGAUGUUCAGUCAGCCAUUCCUAUCAUCAUGGGCUCCAACAUCGGAACAUCAGUCACCAAUACCAUUGUUGCUCUGAUGCAGGCUGGGGAGAGAGAUGACUUUGAAAGAGCAUUUGCUGGAGCUACAGUUCACGACUGUUUUAACUGGUUGUCUGUGUUGGUGCUUCUCCCUCUGGAAGCUGUGAGUGGGAUGUUGAGGCGACUGUCUCAGGCCGUGGUCGACACACUACAGUUCGGUACUGGAGAAGAAGCUCCUGAAUUACUGAAAGUCCUCACUGAGCCUCUCACGUCAAUGAUAAUCCAGUUGGAUCAGUCAGUCAUUACAGCCAUCGCUACAGGAGACCAGAGCGUGAGGAACAAGAGUUUGGUGAAGCGCUGGUGUGAAAGCACAUCUGUUAAGGACAAUGAAACUUCCUGGGGAGCACACAACCUUUCAGAACAUACACAGAAAUGUAGGCAUCUCUUUGUGGACUGCUCUUUGUCAGACUUGGCCAUAGGUCUGAUCCUGCUGGCCUGCUCCCUGCUGGUGCUGUGCAGCUGUCUGAUACUGCUGGUUAAACUGCUCAACUCCCUGCUGAAGGGCCAGGUGGCCAGUGUUAUCAAUAAAGUUGUUAACACAGAUUUCCCCUUCCCUUUUACCUGGCUGGCAGGAUAUCUGGCUAUUUUGGUGGGAGCAGGCAUGACCUUUUUGGUUCAGAGUAGUUCUGUCUUCACUUCAGCCAUCACUCCUCUCAUAGGGAUUGGAGUGAUCAGUAUUGAAAGAGCCUACCCUUUAACCCUGGGGUCCAACCUUGGAACCACUACAACAGCUACACUGGCAGCUCUGGCUAGUCCUGGAGAUAAACUAGCUGCUGCCACACAGGUUGCGUUAUGUCAUUUCUUCUUCAACCUCCUUGGUAUAAUGCUGUGGUAUCCAAUACCAGUCACCCGCUUACCCAUACGUAUGGCCUGUGCCCUUGGCAAGUGCACUGCCAGGUACCGCUGGUUUGCCGUUUUGUACCUCCUCCUCUGCUUCCUGCUACUCCCAUCCCUCGUGUUUGCCCUCUCCAUGGCUGGCUGGAAGGUGAUGAUGGGGAUUGGUGUACCAGUCAUUGUGGUGAUUAUAUUUGGUACAACAGUAAACGUUCUCCAAGCGCACAGACCUGAUUGUUUGCCGCUCAGACUGCAGAGCUGGGACUUUCUUCCUGUUUGGAUGACCUCGCUGCAACCCCUUGAUGACCUCAUCACCAUGGUGACCCUGAAGUGCAAGCAGGGAAGAGGUUGGGGUGGCAAGAGAAGUAAUGGCCCAGUAACAUCACUGGAGGACAUUACUGUCAACCCUGAGAGCAAAGACAGAGAGGAACGGAAGCAGGAUGAAGAAAGACAAGAGGUUGAUAAGAGCCACUGGAAACAAAAAGGACAAAACACACCUGGAUGCUGUGAUCUCCAGUGCAGUGAGGAAAACCACAGAGACAUCACGGCAACUAAUAAGUCUUCAGAGUGCAGCAUAAGCCUGGCCACAGUGGGGUUUAUAAAGAAAAAUGCACACAAUCAGGACACUGAACUCCGCAGCACUCACUUGUAGUGCUCUUGUCUAAGAUGUGCAACACGUUGCAUGAAUUUAAAGACCUUUGUUAAAGUCAUCACUGAAAAAUGUUUCUGAGCCAUGAGCUAAAUAAGAACAUAAAUGUAACUGCCAUCAACUCACUGACCUGUGAGGCAAGCAAGUGUA